AUGGAGACCACAUUAGGCGAGACGUUUGUAGACAUUUUUAUUCCAAUGUCGGCGGCUCUAGGCAUAGCGUUCGCUCUCUACCAAUGGGGUGUCGUGAGCCGGGUCAAGCUGACAGCGCCGUUGAGCGUGUAUGGCUUGGAGGAUGGACAAGCGGAUAACGUGGACCAACAGAUCGCGGAGAUACAAUAUGCCAUCUCAACGGGCGCGUCGUCGUUCCUAGCGACGGAGUACAAGUACUUAGCGGCAUUCAUGGCGUUCUUCAGCGUGCUCGUCUUCCUCUUCCUCGGCUCCGUCAACACCUUCAGCACGGCGUGGCAGCCCUGCCCGGACAACCCCUCGCAGCUCUGCGCGCCCUCGCUCGCCAACGCAUUCUUCACCACUGUCGCGUUUAUUCUCGGCGCGCUCACAUCGACCCUGUCGGGAUACCUGGGAAUGAAGAUCGCGACAUAUGCCAACGCGCGCACGACAGUAGAAGCGCGGCGGGGAAUCGGGCCAGCGUUCGUGGUGGCCUUCCGGUCAGGCGCAGUAAUGGGCUUCCUUCUCGCAGCCAACGGGCUGAUCGUGCUGUUCAUCACCAUCGUGCUCUUCCGCCUCUACUACGGCAACGACUGGGCGUCGCUCUUCGAGACCAUCACGGGGUACGGGCUGGGCGGCUCCAGCGUCGCGCUGUUCGGGCGCGUGGGCGGAGGGAUCUACACCAAGGCGGCGGACGUGGGUGCGGAUCUGGUGGGGAAGGUGGAGCGGAAUAUCCCUGAAGACGACCCAAGGAACCCAGCGGUUAUCGCAGACAAUGUGGGUGAUAACGUCGGAGACAUAGCAGGCAUGGGCUCCGACCUCUUCGGAUCCUUCGCCGAGUCCACCUGCGCAGCCCUAGUCAUUGCCUCCAUCUCCUCCCUGGGCCAGACGCACAACUUCACCGCCAUGUGCUUCCCCCUCCUCGUCUCCGCGCUCGGCAUCCUCGUGUGCCUCUUCACCACGCUCUUUGCCACCGACUGGUUCCACGUCACCGAAGCCAGACAUGUAGAACCGCAGCUCAAGGCGCAGCUGCUCAUCAGCACCGUGCUCAUGACUCCUCUCGUGCUGGGGCUGUGUUAUCUCGCACUGCCCUCGUCGUUUACCAUUGUGGUGGCGGGCGAGGAGGCGGACAAGACGGCGCAGAACUGGCAGAUCUUCUUCUGUGUGGCCUCGGGGCUGUGGGGCGGGCUGCUGAUUGGAUAUGUCACUGAGUACUUCACCAGCCACGCUUACUCCCCUGUAAGGGACGUAGCAGACUCGUGCCGCACGGGGGCAGCGACCAACAUCAUCUUCGGUCUCGCUUUGGGUUACAAAUCCGUCAUAGUACCCGUGUUCGCCAUCGCAGUGGCCAUCUACCUCAGCUACGCCAUCGCUGCCAUGUAUGGGGUCGCCCUGGCCGCCCUGGGCAUGCUCUCCACACUCGCCACCGGGCUCGCUAUCGACGCGUACGGGCCGAUUUCAGACAAUGCCGGGGGGAUUGCGGAGAUGGCCGGGCUGGGUGCGGAUGUGAGGGAGCGGACUGAUGCGCUGGACUCUGCUGGGAACACGACUGCGGCCAUUGGCAAGGGCUUUGCCAUCGGGUCAGCAGCAUUGGUGUCACUUGCCCUGUUUGGAGCAUAUGUGAGCCGAGCACAGGUCACCAACAUCCUCAUCACCAACCCCCAGACCUUUGUAGGCCUGCUCGUAGGCGCCAUGCUGCCCUAUUGGUUCAGCGCCAUGACCAUGAAGAGCGUGGGCAAGGCAGCUCUAGCCAUGGUGGACGAGGUGCGGCGGCAGUUUGACACCAUCCCGGGCCUCAUGGAGGGUACCGCGCGCCCCGACUACCGCAAGUGCGUGCACAUCUCCACCAAGGCCUCGCUCAAUGAGAUGCUGCCACCUGGCGCGCUCGUGCUGCUCUCGCCCAUCAUCACCGGGACUCUCUUCGGGACGGCGACGCUCGCAGGGCUGCUAGCAGGGGCGCUGGUGUCGGGGGUGCAGAUGGCGGUAUCGGCGAGCAACACGGGCGGCGCGUGGGACAACGCGAAGAAGUACAUCGAAGCGGGGAUGUCGGAGCAUGCGCAGUCGCUGGGGCCCAAGGGGUCAGAGGCGCACAAGGCAGCGGUGAUCGGGGAUACGGUGGGUGAUCCGCUCAAGGAUACAUCUGGGCCGUCGCUGAAUAUUCUCAUCAAGCUGAUGGCCGUUGAAUCGCUGGUUCUGGCGCCUUUCUUUGUGGCGCAUGGCGGGUUGAUUUGGGGCAAGUCCAAGCAAACAUACCCAUACAUCCCCGGCUCAGAGCCCAUGCUCUUCUGCAACCCCGCAGCCCCCUGCUGGCCCCCUGCUCACUCCCCUACUCGCCUCGCCCCCCUGCUCGCCCCCCUGCUGACUCCCCAUGCUGCCCCCCUGCUCGUCCCCCUGCUCGCCUCCCUGCUCGCCCCCCUGCUCUCCCCCCUGCUCGCCCCCCUGCUCUCCCACCUGCUCUCCCACCUGCUCUCCCACCUGCUCUCCCACCUGCUCUCCCACCUGCUCUCCCACCUGCUCUCCCACCUGCUCUCCCACCUGCUCUCCCACCUGCUCGCCCCCCUGCUCUCCCACCUGCUCUCCCACCUGCUCUCCCACCUGCUCUCCCACCUGCUCUCCCACCUGCUCGCCCCCCUGCUCUCCCACCUGCUCUCCCACCUGCUCUCCCACCUGCUCUCCCACCUGCUCUCCCACCUGCUCUCCCACCUGCUCUCCCACCUGCUCUCCCACCUGCUCUCCCACCUGCUCGCCCCCCUGCUCUCCCACCUGCUCUCCCACCUGCUCUCCCACCUGCUCUCCCACCUGCUCGCCCCCCUGCUCUCCCACCUGCUCUCCCACCUGCUCUCCCACCUGCUCUCCCACCUGCUCUCCCACCUGCUCUCCCACCUGCUCUCCCACCUGCUCUCCCACCUGCUCUCCCACCUGCUCGCCCCCCUGCUCUCCCACCUGCUCUCCCACCUGCUCUCCCACCUGCUCUCCCACCUGCUCUCCCACCUGCUCUCCCACCUGCUCUCCCACCUGCUCUCCCACCUGCUCUCCCACCUGCUCUCCCACCUGCUCGCCCCCCUGCUCUCCCACCUGCUCUCCCACCUGCUCUCCCACCUGCUCUCCCACCUGCUCGCCCCCCUGCUCUCCCACCUGCUCUCCCACCUGCUCUCCCACCUGCUCUCCCACCUGCUCUCCCACCUGCUCUCCCACCUGCUCUCCCACCUGCUCUCCCACCUGCUCUCCCACCUGCUCUCCCACCUGCUCGCCCCCCUGCUCUCCCACCUGCUCUCCCACCUGCUCUCCCACCUGCUCUCCCACCUGCUCUCCCACUUGCUCUCCCUGCUAUCCUCCCUGCUCUCCCCCCUGCUCGCCCCCUUGCUGCCCCCCUGCUAG